GUUCAACCAACGCCAGAGUUUCUGACAAAAUCAAUCAUGAUGGGAUUGGUGUCCAUUCAUUCAUUUCUGAUAAAGCGCAUGAUGGCAGCCGCCGAAGAAAUAUUCGACGCUGUCAAAGACAAUGUUAUUGAGUAUCAGCAGGAGAUAGAGCGUCUGAAGCAAGAGAACUGUUACCUGAGGAACACACUGGCUCACACCAGGAGCUGCAGCCAUGCAGAAACACACAAUGAUGCUCAGAGCAACAAUGCAGAUGAAGUUUUGCAAGAUCCAUUUGGUUCAGAACUCUCAGAAAUACGAGUGAAGAUGGAGGUUGCCACCAUGGUGUCUCAUGAGCCUUUGGAUCAAGCUUCAACCAUCACCUCUGUCCUCUCAGAAGGUCAGGAACCCACUGAGUCCCUUUCACACCAGCCAGAGUUACUUGUGAAGAAUGAAGAUAGUGUUGGUUUAGAUAUACAAUCAUCAGUCGCAGUUAAAUCAGAUCAGUGUGAUCAAGAUAGUGAUUCAAACCCAACUGUAGUUCUACUUGGCUAUAUCAAUGAUGGUCACGUUGGCCUUCCAAUAGCUGAACAAGAUCUGCACUCUCGUGAUGAGGUGUCGCAAAAGGUGCCGCAAAGUCACCAGAACGCAUUUGCGUGCAAGAUUUGCGGCAAGUCUUUCUGCAGCAAUGGACGCUUGCGGACACAUAUGGUAGUUCACCAGAGCGAGAGACCUUUCUGCUGUGAUUUCUGUGGGAGGUGCUUUAAAUCGAAGAUCCAUUUGAAAGAACAUGAGAGACUCCAUAAAGGUGAUUAUCGCUACAGCUGCCCAGUGUGUGGAAAGGGUUUUUCUCGGUCAAAUCUUGUGAGAUGGCACCUUAAGACUGUUCAUUGUGAUCAGUCUUAAAACACACACACAAAUGAAGAAUCAAAAUCAGAAAUAAUUCACUAAUUUCCUACUAAGUUUUAUUAGAUAUUUGUAAAGUAAAUAUUAAAACAUGUAACUGAGAGACAACUCUACUUGUCUUCCAAAUUAUGUGAACAUUGCUAUAUAUUAUUUAAUUGCUUUAUUAAUUGAUUGUUCGAUGGGAGGAAUUUCUGCCCAACGAUAGAAACAGCACCAACUGUCCAAUAUAUUUGAUACACAGUUACAUUCACUCGCUCUGAAAUACAAAACUGCAGAUACUAAAACUUGAGGGUAACAUCCAAAUGGUGUCAAGUGGUGUUCAAAGCAUAAUAUGAAAAUAUGAUUUAUGUUCUUGUUAUACACUUAUACAGAUGGCAGAUUAUAUUAAACACUUUUCUAUCAGGUUUAUGGACUGUUAGAUUCUGUGAUUAUGGUACUGUGGGUAAGGCACUUACCUAAAACCUUGUGUGUUGUCUUGCUGUCAACUCCGCAUCCUAAUUAAAAUGGAACCUCCAAAUAGUGACCUAUUUGGAAUGAUCUACAAAGCAGCAACUCUGCGCAUCACACAAAUACCGCUCCUCCCGAUAAAAACAAGGAAUGGGAAUCGUAAGGAAUUUUAUGUUUCCGGUUCCAGCAACAAUUCUUUUAGGCUAAUACUUUUGAGGAAGACUUAUAUGGAAAUAAGAGAUGCAAUUCUUAUUGCAUUUACUGCCAUUUUGCAGUCUUUUGCCAAAUGAUGAGACCAUUUCAAGUUUCUUUUUGAAAUUUGACAGCUGAUAUAACAUAUCAGAAAUAACGUUAAUAUACACUGAUGAGCCAAAACAUUAUGACCAGCUGCCUAAUAUGCUGUUGGUCCUCCACGUGCUGGCAAAACAGGUGUCCUGUGGUGUCUGGCACCAAGACAUUAGCAGCAGAUCCGAGGUGGAGCCACCAUGGUUUGGACAUGUUAGUCCAACACAUCACACAGAUUGAGAUCGGGGAAUUUGUAGGCCAGGGCAACACCUUGAACUCUUCAUCAUAUUCCUCAAACCAUUCCCGAACAAUGUGUGCAGUGUAGCAGGGUGCAUUAUACUGCUGAAAGAGGCCACUGCCAUCAGGGAAUACCAUUGCCAUGAAGGGGUGUGCCUGGUCUGCAACUAUGUUUAGGUUGGUGGCAUGUGUUAAAUUGACAUCCACACGAAUGGCCGGACCCAGGGUUUCCCAGCAGAAUAUUAUCCAGAGCAUCACACUCCCUCCACUGGCUUGUUGUCUUCCCACAGUGCAUCCUGGUGACAUCACUACCCCAGGUAUACUGCGCACACAUACACUGCCAUCCAUGUGAUGUAAAAGAAAAGUGACUCAUCGGACCAAGUGACCUUCAACUGCUCCAAGGUCCAGUUCUGUCGCUUGGUGCCCAUUGUAGGUGCUUUUGUCGGUAGACAAGGGUUAAUCAAGGGCAAUCUGAAUGGGGCUGUGUAGCUUCAGACCAUACACAGCAGGGUGUGACACAUUCCACGCUUAACCAUUAUAAACAUUUUCUGAGAAUUUGGCCACAGUAUGCCUUCUGUCAGUUCGGACCAGAUGGGACCCUGCCCAUUACCUUCGUUGCCCUCGCGCAUCGAUGAGCCUUGGGCGGCCAACACCCUGUUGCCGGUUUGUCCCUCCUUGGACCUCUGUCGAUAGAUACUCACCACUGCUAACUGAAGUGGUCCACAAGCCUUGCCAUUUCAUAGAUGCUCUGAUCCUGUCGUCUGGCCCUUCUCAAAGUCGCUCAGGUCUUUACCCCUGCCCAUUUAUCCUGCAUUCAAACUGACUGUUCGCUUACUCAUCUAAUCUACCCAGACCUUGACAUGUGGCCUUGUUAGGAAAUGAUCAACUUAAUUCGCUUCAUCUGUGAGUUGUCAUAAUGUUUUGGCUCAUCAGUGUAUAUAAAUAUUAAAGCUUAAAUAUAAAUUGUUGUAAAGGUGUGUUUGCAGACUUUUUAGAGAUAUACAUGCAA